AUGUACUUGGAACAGGAAAUAACAGCUGACGACGAAGUCAAGCAUUUUAAAAACAGUGUACACGAAGAAUGUAAAGCCCACAUUAAGAAAAUUGGAAAGCUCUUAAAAGAAAUGGUUGGAGAGGAAGAAUCCAGCCCUUAUCCCACCCUUCCCAGUACCCUUGAAGAACCACCCCUAGUUGACCACCUGGGCCCUGACGCCAGCCCCAUCGUGGGUCUGGAUGACGAUGCCUUCCCACUGGCCUUCCACCACAACCCCGGCAGCCACAGCCUGUUAAGCCCCAAUGCCAGCUACCAGGCCACCCCUGCCGAGCCAGCCAGCAAGUACUCGCUGGUGUACCCGGACAGGGGUCAGGGCAGAGCCAGAGGGGACAGCGGUGCCCUGGAGUACGUCCCCAAGGCCGUGAGCCAGCCCCAGCGGCACAACCGCCCCACUCCCAGCGGAAAUUGUGAUGCAAUGUUCUCAGACUCGGAAGAUGAGGCCGCCAUGGUCCCCAGUGACGAGCCCGCCACAGCCAGCACUCCCAAAGCCAGGGCUGACCCUGAGAGCAAGGCCUCCGGGCAGCCACCCUGCAAAGAGAGCCUGGAGGUCGAGGGGGGCAGCCUGCGUGAGACCAAGGAGACUGCCGUGCAGUGCGACUUGAGGGACCUCCAGCCGACUUCGGCCAAGCCCAGCUCCCCAACCCAGGCCUUGCAAGAUGGGGGCUGCCCCAAGGAGGAGAAACUCAAGAGGAAGAAAAGCGGGGCCCCACCUGCCCUCACCGUAAAGACGGUGCCUAGAGGAAAGACAAGACCAAGGACAAGUGUCGAGGUCGGGGGGAGGGGCCCUGAGUGGACAAGAAGGAACUGCAGACCAGCAGCCCCGAGUGCAAGGCAGAGCGACCAGAAGGGACCAAGAAGAAGCCAUCUUUGGCCACUCCCAUGGCCAGCUCAGGGAAAGGGAGGCCUGACUGGCCAGUUUGGCAACCAAGCCCUGCAAGCGGGGACUCCCGACUGGCGGCCAGCAGAGCUCCACCUGGCCCCCCUCCAGCUUCCCGACAGGAAGGGGCCAAGGCCCCCGUCCGGGAAGCUGGUGAAGCGCAAAGCCCGCCCACUGGACGAGGGUGCCUCCCAGGACGCCCCCAAGCUGAAGAGGGCUGGGGGAACGGAGCAUGCCAAGUGUGUGCCCCCCCCCCCCCCGCCCUCAGCUUGGACUCCAGCCUGGGCUUCCCGGAGGCACAGGGGCCUGGCUCCCAGCGCCGUGUCCAGCCUCAGCAAAGCCAGUGGCCGCAGGGUUGUGUCCCAUGAGGUGGUGUUGGGGGGCAGGUUGGCUGCCAAGACCAGCUUCUCGCUCAGUCGCCCGAGCAGUCCCCGGGGGGAGGACCUUAAAGGGGCCACCCUGUACAGCCGCCUCAAUGAGUACCUGCUUACCCAGGACCAGCUCAAGGAGAACGGCUACCCUUCCCUGCACCCAGAGCGGCCCGGGGAUGAGGGGGGGGAGGAGCGGAGCGCCAUCAUCUUCACAGCUGAGAAGGAGAGGCCCAAUAACUCUUCCUGCAGGACCUGCUGCUGCUGUGGCACCGCGUACUUCGUGUGCUCCUCAAGCCGCUGUGUCAGUGAUGAGAAGUGUUACUACCACUGGGGACCGCUGCGCCAGAGCCGGGUGGCCGGAGGCUGGGAGACCCAGUACAUGUGCUGCUCCCCUGCUGACGUCUGCUGCCGGGUUGCCAAGCAACACGUGCUGGACGGCCGGAAGGAGCGCCCAGAGGGCUUCGUGAAGACCUUUGAGAAAGAACUCUCUGGAGAUGCCCACCCGGGGAUCUACGCCCUGGACUGCCAGAUGUCCUGACUGACGUACCGCCUGGAGCUGACACGUGUCAUGGUGGUCGACACUGAUGUGCACGUGGUCUAUGACACCUUCGCGAAGCCGGACAAUGUGAUCGUGGACUACAACAUCAGGUUUUCGGGUGUGACGGAGGAUGACCUCGCAGACACGAGUGUCACGCUGCACGACAUCCAGGCCGUCCUGCUGAGCAUGUUCAGCGCCAACACCAUCCUCAUCGGACACAGCCUGCAGAGCGACCUCCUGGCCCUGAAAGUCAUCCACAGCACCAUAGUGGACACGUCCCUGCUCUUCCCCCACCUCCUCGGCCUCCACUGCAAGCGAUCCCUGCGGAACCUCGUGGCCGACUACCUCAGACAUAUCCAGGACAAUGUAGACCUACACAGCUCCAGCCAGUAUGCCGGCGCCUGCAUGCACCUGGUGAUUUGGCAGGUCCGAGAAGAUGCCAAGACCAAGCGAUGACGCCUGCCCUCCUCCUGCCCACCUCUCCUGCCGGCUCAGCCUGUCCUUAGCCCUGGCCACUUCCAAACAGUGCAAUAAAUCUCCGGUAACCCAUCCGCCUGGUGAGGCAGCCCAGAGCAGUGGGAGGAGCUGGUGGCCGGAGGACGCCUCGCCCAGCCCAUGUUCUGCCGCAGCCCCUCGCACCCCUUCCCACCCUCUGCCCCCCAGACCUCUGGCGUCUCUAUAAACUGCUGCUGACAGAGACCAGGACCGAGCCCACCCCCAAGUGGCCCACAGCCCCUCCUGCCCCUCCGGCCAGGCCCUCGCUCCUUCCCAGGUGGCAGCCCACACCUCUGCUCCUCACUCGGGGCACGGGGUGGGCUUGUCCCAGGUUUGUUUGAGACAGUCUUUUUUGAUUUUGUAUUGUUAUUUUUAUUAUUUUUAUUUAAACCUGAUGACUUGCACAGCCCUUUUCCACUGGGAAGAGGGGGCCUGCUGCCUUCCCACCUGGGGGCUGGGGAUGGGACAGACUCCAGCGGGGGCCAGGGCCACACUCAGCCCAGCAUGGGCUGGACCUGCCUCCGGGUUCCAGGGGCUGGCCUGCCUUUGGGGCGGCCAGCUUCUACCACUUGCUGCCCCACCUCUGCACUCCGUGACCCCUGAGAACCCAGCCAGCCCCUCAUUGGCCCCAGGGCCUGCCAUCCAUGGAGCCCACUGGCCUCCAAACACUGUCUUCCCACCGGAGCCCCAUCUUCCUUCACAGGCUCUCUGAAUCCCCUUUUCCUCAACUGCAGGCAGGGACAGAAUAAAUGUUUGCAUGGAUUAAAAAAAAAAAAAUCUCUCAGGCCAGGUGCAAUGGCUCAUGCCUGUAAUCCCAGCACCUGGGGAGGCCGAGGCGAGAGGAUCACUUAGGCUCAGAAGGUCGAGACCAGCCUGGUCAAUAGAGCAACACCAGGUGUCUACAAAAAAUCAAAAAUUAGCUGAGUAUGGUGGCAGGAACGACUCGGGAGGCUGAGGCAGGAGAAUCGCUUGAACCUGGGAGGUUGAGGUUGUAAUGAGCCAGGAUCACACCACCAUACUCCAGCCCGGAUGACUCUAAAAAAAUAAAAAGUAAAAUUUAAAAUAAAUAAAAAUAAAAUCUUUUUUUUUUUUUUUUUGAGAGAAAGUCUUGCCCUGUCCCCCAGGCUGGAGUGCAGUGGUGAGAUCACAGCUCACUGCCACCUCUGCCUCCCAGAUUCAAGCAAUUCUUCUGCCUCAGCCUCCCAAGUAGCUGGGAUUACAGGCUCCCGCCACCAUGCCUGGCUAAUUUUUGUAUUUUUAGUAGAGACAGGUUUCAUCAUCAAGCUGAUCUGGAACUCCUGACCUCAUGAUUCACCCGCCUCAGCCUCCCCAAAUACUGGGAUUGCAGGGGUGAGCCAUUGCACCCAGCCUCUCUUUUUAAUAAUUGGAUUGACUUUGGUCUAUGUUCUCCCCUGGGGCCCAAUUCUUCUCUGGAGUGGGGCCAUCCUGGGCACUGCAGGAUGCUGAGCAACAUCCCUGGCCUCCACCGCUCCAUGCCAGGAGCACCCUGUUCCAGGGUAGCGGCCCAGGCUGCAAAGAAGAUGCAUCUGGGAGCUGGGCAUUUCACAUUGGGGUGACCCAGCCUGGGUGAGGGGAGGAGGCCUCCAUGAGAUGACUCAAGCCAGAAACCUACUCUAGGCAGGAUCCAGUCUCCCAUGGCACAAAAGCCCCAGUUCCAGAGCCGCUGGAGAUGUUUUAAAAUCCAGUUGACAACAGAUGAAUAAAAUAGUUGUGAGU